AGUGGCGGUAUGCACCUUCUAAGUUGCGGCUGCAACCCGCCAGAAAACUAAAAGAAGAAGACGUAGACUUCGCGCAUGCGUGAACUGACCGGUUGGAAAAGCAAGAUGGCGUUUGACGGAGAAGGCCUAAACCAGAGUACGAGGAGGAACUUUGUCCAACAAAAGAGGAGAAGGAGCGACAACAUCAACUACAGGACGCUGUUUUCAAGAAACAUCAAGUUGUGUUACACAGAACAGACGUGUGUGAAGAAAAUCUUCUUCCUGAGCUAAAGAAGUGAAGCUUCAGGAUGCAGCAGGAGGAGCCACAGCCCUCCUACUUUAAAGAGGAAGACGAGGACCCACUGACCCCCCAUUUUAAAGAGGAAGAGGAGGAACACAGCAUCAGUCAGGAGGGAGAGCAGCUUGACUGGUUGGAGGAGUUCCCAGUGAUUAGUGUUAUUGUGAAGGGUGAAGAUGAUGAGGUCGAAGGUGAAAGUGAGGAGAAGAGAGAGGCGGAGCCUCCAAGCAGCAGCUCAACACAACACAUGACAACAGAAGCUGAUGGAGACCACUGUGGAGGAUCACAAGCAGACAAGCUCUUAGCUCCACUAUCAGAUAGUAACGACAGAACGUCACACUCUCCUGACGCUGAUGAGGAAGACUCUAAAGAUGAUAAGACAUGUCACACUGACAACACCCACUUGAAAUGUUCUCACUGUGACAAAACCUUUCAUUCCCGUUCUUAUCUGAAAGUACACAUGAGAAUACACACUGGAGAAAAACCUUUCCCUUGCUCAACCUGUGGUAAAGGUUUCACACGCAGUCAAAGUUUGAAAGUACACAAGAGAACACACACCGGAGAAAAAACUUGUAUCUGUUCAAUCUGUGGUAAAGGUUUUGUACUUAGUCAAAAUUUGAAAGUACACAUGAGAAUACACACCGGAGAAAAAUCAUUUUCUUGCUCAACCUGCGGUAAAGAAUUUACACAAAGUCAGAGUUUGAAAUUACAUAUGAGAAAACACACCGGAGAAAAACCUUUCGAUUGUUCAAUCUGUGGUAAAGGUUUUGUUCUAAGUCACAAUUUGAAAGUACACAUGACAACGCACACUGGUGAAAAACUUUAUGUCUGUUCAGUCUGCGGUAAAGGUUUUGCAACGAGCCACAAUUUGAAAUUACAUAUGAGAAUACACACCGGAGAAAAACCUUUUAUCUGUUCAAUAUGUGGUAAAGGUUUUACACACAGUCAGAGUUUGAAAAAACACACAAUAUUACACACUGGAGAAACAUCUUUUAUAUGUUUAAUCUGUAGUAAAGGUUUUGUACAAAGUAACAAUUUGAAAGUACACAUGAGAAUACACACCGGUGAAAAACCUUUUCCUUGUUCAAUCUGUGGUAAAGGUUUUGUACAAAGAUCACAUAUGGAAGAACACAGAAGAAUACACACUGGAGAAAAAUAUUGUAUCUGUUCAAUCUGUAGUAAAGGUUUUGCACAAAGUCACAAUUUGAAAGUACACAUGAGAACACACACAGGAGAGAAAGUGUUGAGUUGCAGUGUGUGUGGUGAAAGAUUCUCUUAUAAGUACCAGCUUGAAAAACACACGUGUGCUGGUGAGAACAGCAGCAGCAAAUGAAACUGCAGGAUUUGAAAUAAACUGUCAAGACUUUAAUUUUGACUUCCUAACAACAUCAGCACAUAUAACAUGUGUGACAUUGUUGUUUGUGUAACAAUCUUUUUAAUAUGCCUCUACAUUUAUUGAUUAUAUAUUUUACAUUCGUGGUUUUAGUGAGAGUAAACAGUACACAAAAUAUUUUGCAUACAAUAAACAUUUUAUGUGUAUACAUAUAUUCAUAAAACAAUUUUAGACUUAUUCAUAAUAGUGUUUUUUAUAGGUGAAUGAAAUAUUGAAGUGUUACAUAUUUUUAUUUCUAAUUGUUAAUGAUCCCAUAGAUUAACACCUUUAUAUGAUAUACAUACAGUCGUGGUCAAAAGGUUACAUACACUUGUAAAGAACAUCAUGUCAUGGCUGUCUUGAGUUUCCAAUAAUUUCUACAACUCUUAUUUUUUUGUGAUGGAGUGAUUGGAGCACAUACUUGUUGGUCACAAAAAACAUUCUUGAAGUUUGGUUGUUUUAUGAAUGUAUUAUGGGUCAACUAAAAAUGUGACCAAAUCUGCUGGGUCAAAAGUAUAUUUAAUAUUUGGUUACAUGUCCCUUGGCAAGUU